GGUGAAACUACCUCCUACAUUCAUAGACUCUCAUUUACUUCUUCAUAAUCUUUUCCUUUUCCUUUUCCUUUUCCUUUUCCUUUCUAAUCUUUAUCAAAUCCCCAAACCCCAUAUUCAACCCCCUAUUCACUCAUUGGAUUUUCAAAGACUUUUCAAUCACUAAUUCCACAAUUUCAGUCCUUACAUCAAUUAUACAAUCUCAACUUAUAUUGGGCACACCCCUCUCUCCUCCUCCUCUCUUUCUCUCUCUAAAUUUAUAUGUAUGACUUAGAUCAUCCCUUUUCUCUAUUCCAAUUAAGAUUAAACAUUUCAGUACUUUUCUUCUUGUGUACUAAUUCUUGAAAGAUGAUAUUAAGUCUCCAAAUCAUCAUUAUAUUUGCAAUAUGUAUUGUUCCGAUUACAACCAAGUGCAUCCAAUCAUGUGGCACUUCUCCAACCAAACACCUCCCUUACCCUUUCGGCUUCUCCGACGAAUGCCCAAUCCAACUGAACUGCAACUCAACCGGCGACAUUCUCAUCCACGACUUUCCGGUCCGUAAGGUCGACGCCGAAGUCAUUCUGAUCCAUCUCCAGGCCAAAUGCGACCGACCCAUCACCGACCUCCACUACCUCUUCGGCCGGAACUUCGCCCCGACGUCACGCAACGGGAUUCUGCUACAAAACUGCAGCUUGCCGAUCACGGCGUGUUUGAUUCCGACCACCAUGGUUCAGACCCACUUCGAAUUGCUGGAUUGCGGGUCGGAUGGUGCUAAUAAUAUUAGUUGUUACUCGGAGCAGAAGAAUCAGAGUCAGUUCAUUGAUUACCAUACGGUGGAGCAGAGUGGUUGUGGGUCGCUUUUCUCGGCCAUCUCGGCGGAGUCAUUUGGGAAUAAUUCGGCCGUGUCGUUGGAUGUUCAGGCGGUUCAAUUGGGGUGGUGGGUUGAAGGGGAUUGCGACUGUUCUGAUAAUGCGAAUUGCAGUAUAAUUGUGCCUCCGGUCGGACGGCCAGGACAUCGGUGUCAGUGCUUUGAAGGGUUCGUCGGCGACGGGUUUAAUGCUGGUUUGGGCUGCCGGAAAGCCUCUUCAGCAUGCAACCCUGCAAAGUACAUGUCAGGCCAAUGUGGUGGUACAACUAGAGUCGGCGUUUUAGUUGGAGGUAUUGCUGCAGGAGCUGCUUUGAUGAUCAGCAUUGGACUAAUAUGUUGUUUCAUCCGACGACGUUCCAAUUCAAAAACUAGAAACAGAAAAAACCGCCUGAUAUCUGAAACUACAGACAUCAACAUUCCUAUCUAUCCCUAUAGAGAAAUUCAGAGAGCCACAAAUAGUUUCUCAGACGAACAGCGGCUGGGGACUGGGGCUUAUGGGACAGUUUACUCCGGGAAACUUUACAGCAACGAGUGGGUUGCCAUUAAAAGGAUCAAACAUAGAGAUACCGAUACCACUGAGCAAGUCAUGAAUGAGAUCAAGCUCAUCUCUUCUGUGAACCAUCCAAACCUUGUACGCCUUUUAGGUUGCUCCAUUGAUAAAGAUGAACAAAUCCUUCUCUACGAGUUUAUGCCUAAUGGAACAUUAUCUCAGCAUUUACAAAGACAGAAGAGUGAGGUGCUUACGUGGCCAGUUCGCCUCACCAUUGCCUCCGAGACUGCUCAAGCCAUAGCCUAUCUCCAUUCGGCCAUGAAACCUCCCAUUUAUCAUCGAGACAUCAAGUCUAGCAAUAUACUUUUAGAUUACAACUUCAAAACCAAAGUGGCAGAUUUUGGUCUUUCUAGGCUUGGUAUGACCGAAACAUCACACAUCUCAACUGCCCCACAGGGAACUCCAGGUUAUCUUGAUCCUCAGUACCAUCAAGACUUUCAUCUUUCUGACAAAAGUGAUGUUUAUAGCUUCGGAGUAGUCCUUGUGGAGAUCAUAACAGCAUUAAAAGCGGUGGACUUUUCUCGGCCCCAAAAUGAGGUGAAUUUGGCAUGUCUUGCUAUAAACAGGAUUGGGAAAGGGUGCUUAGAGGAAAUAAUAGAUCCUUUCCUCGAGCCAGAUAGGGAUGCUUGGACACUUUCCACGGUGCAUAAGGUGGCCGAGCUAGCAUUUAGAUGCCUUGCAUUUCACAGAGACAUGAGGCCUCCGAUGAUGGAAGUAGCAGCUGAAUUGGAGCAAAUUAGGCUUAGCAGAUCAUGGGUAUCAUCAGAAGACAACAUCCCAGCUUCAUCAGAGGCAUCGUUUUAUUCUUCAUCGUCCAGUAUAAGUGAGAAACCACUAAGUGUGACAAUGAAGAAGCCCGAAUUGGAUAGCACUAGUCUAUUUGCACUACAGAUCGUGCCUGGUGGUUCGAGUUCAAUGGAUGGGAUGAAGGACUUUUCCCCUGUUUCUGUUCAAGAUUCGUGGCCAAGCGAACAAAGCUCGCCAUCAUCCAAUAGUUUGCUCAAUCAUGUAGUUCAGUAACCUUUAAAGCUGCUGUGUCUUCUUGGUGACUAGCUUCACCUCUGUGGAUAGUUAGCGUUUCAAAGGUACUCAUUUUGCUAUCAAAAGCAAAAUUUGCUUUAGAAAGCAAGAAAAGUAAAUGUGAAAACACCUAGAAUGGCUUCACUACCUCCUGUUAAUAUCAUUAAAGACGUACAUUUUGACUGCAACUUCUCUAUACUGAAAGUCAGAAAGUUAAAGAUUUUAUUUUUCCAA